AUGGCAACUCUUACAACAUUUGCACAAAAUUAUUUCGCCGAACAACCAUUGAACGCAGAACCUGAAUCCACGCCAUUAUCAAGCUCACGUGUUACAAAUGAAUUUCGUAAACUUCGAUUGCCCAAAACCAGAAUUGGUUUGGGAUCAACAGAAGCCGAUUUAAUUGUUUUGACGAAAAACUACUUGGAAAUUGUUGGUCUUGUCUUUUUCGUUUGGGUACUUGGAUAUUUUCAUUUCAGUAUGUCAUGGAUUUUAUUAGCUGUAUUUAUAUAUUUAUUUCGACAACGGCAGCGUGCUCAAUCGAAACAACGUCAUAACAUGUUGAAUGAGAUAAAUCAGAAUGAAGAACAAUAUAUUAAAGCUCGUCUCGAUGAACUACCAUCAUGGGUAUUUUUUCCAGAUGUUGAGCGAGCCGAAUGGUUAAAUCGAAUAAUUAAACAGAUGUGGCCAUACGCAAAUCAAUAUCUUGAUAAAGAUAUUUUUCGUGAUCUACUCAUUCCAAUCAUUCGUGGAACAUCACCAGCUUUAGCAGAUUUUUCAUUUGAAAAACUUGACCUUGGAGAAGUCCCACCUAGAAUUGGAGGUGUUAAAGUUUAUGCAGAUAAUGUUCGGGAUCAAAUUAUGAUGGAUAUUGAAGUUUUUUAUGCCGGUGACGCAUGUGUUAAAGCAAAGUUGAAGGGAAUCGUGUGUGGAGUAAAAGAUAUACAGUUUGUUGGUGAAAUUCGAAUUAUUUUAAGUCCGUUAAUCAAUACAAUUCCAUUAGUUGGCGCAGUCACAUAUUUUUUUCUUAGAAAACCUAGUAUUGAUUUUAAAUUAACUGACGCGGGAACCUUAGUAGAUAUACCUGGUCUUAAUGAUUUAAUGCUUGUUCAAAUAAAUGAAAUAGUAGCAUCAAUGAUGGUUUUACCUAAUAGACAAGUUUUUGCUCUAGCUCGAGAUAUUCAAAUUGGACAUUUACGAUGGUCUAAUCCUCAGGGUGUGGUGCGAGUAUUUGUUUUAAGAGCACAAAAUCUCAUUAACGCUGAUAUUUCACUGCUAGGAAAAGGAAAAAGUGAUCCAUUUGUUACAGUUAAAUUACAAGGUACGAAAGAAUAUAAAACAAAAACUAUUGAUAAUACAACCGACCCAACAUGGAAUGAAGUGUUUGAAUUUGUUGUUGAACAAUCGGAAAGCGAUGUAGUUCAAUUUGAAGUGUAUGAUGAAGAUCCUGGUAAAGAUGAUUUUAUUGGAAGAGCUCAAUAUCCUCUGAAAGAUUUAGUUGACGGUGGUCAUGUUGAUACAUGGUUAACAUUACAAGAUGUAAAAAAAGGUACAUUAAAUGUUGGUUUACAGUAUUUUACAUUGACAAAACAAAAAUCUUGUAUUGAUGUUAUGCACCAAGCAAACCUUCAAAUAUUAAAACGAGAGCCAUUAUCGAAAGCAUUACUUGUUUGUUUUAUUGAUCAAUGCACUAAUCUUCCUCGAUCAAAAAAGACUCGCCGAGAACCAAAUCCAUUCUGUCGAAUUAAAGUCGAAGCAACGGAAGACAAGACGCGAACAUUCGACAGUCAAACAAAUCCAAAAUUUGAACACGUAUCACAAAUUCUAUGUGCGAAUCCACUUCAUGAAAAAUUAAAAAUCGAUGUAUGUGAUGCAAAAACCAAUAAUGAAAUUAUUGGCUAUUUUGAAAUACCAAUUAAACAAAUAUUUGAUACUGAAACAAUGACUAUUGAAACGCAAGCAUAUUCACUUAAAUGUUUAUCGGAACCAUUUGAUAGGGCACAGAUUUUUGUUCGUUUAUCACUAUUAAUUCUAUCGCCCGAGCGUUCAAGUGAGACUCGUGAAAGUUCACCAUCAAAAUCGUCAUCGGCUAAUGGUACAAAAUCAUUUGAUAUACCAUUAGGAUCAAAUGUAACAACUGGUAAAGAACAGAACUAUAAGAAAGAAUCGUCAGUUCAAGAAUCAUCAGAAGAAGAUAAUUCACAGAAAACACUUGCAGCAGCGCUUCAGUCUGCAUCGAAUAUUCAUCGUUCCUUGUUGGAAACUCAUGUGACACCUGGCAAAAAAACUGCUGUCAUAUCUGAAGAUCCUGAUUUAAGAGGCGCAAAGUACGGUCGAAUAAAGGUUGGCAUUCGUUAUACUGCUCAACGUAAAGCUUUGUCAAUCCAUGUAUAUGCAUGCACAGACCUUAUCAACGUUCAUUCCCAGAAUCUACCAGAUCCAUAUAUACGGCUAACUUUACUACCAGAUUUUAAAAAAGAUAAAAAGAAAACGAAGUCUAUUCAUGAUUCACUUAAUCCAAAAUAUGAUGACUUAUUUGAAUGGCAAGGAUCAUUAGCUGAUAUGCGUCGACAACGUCUGUACUUUAGUAUUAAAAACCAUUCGCCACUAUUUACUCAAGAAGAAACAUACAUGGGUGAUCUUCAAAUUGAUCUGUCGAAUUUGGAUCCAGAAAAAAUAAGCAUAGCUUGGUACGCAUUACAAGAACCGAAUACAAGUGGUGGUGGAAUUAUGAAAAUAAAAUAUGAUACAUUAGAUUCAAAUGAAUAG